CCAGAUGUUUGCGCGCGUGUGUACGUGUGCGCGCGUGUGUGGGCCUCAGGUGGAGGGGGGGCAGGGGGCGUGGUCUCUGGUCACAUCUGUCCUGAGUUUGUGCAAAAGGAUUUUUAUGUUUUUGCUCCUGAGGUGCGUCCCACAAAAACCUCAACAACAACUACAGCAUACAGGACCAGAGCAAAGCAAGGACUGAACCAGGACUGAACCAGGACUGAACCAGGACAGGGCCUGGACUAAACCAAAACUGGGCCGGAACUGAACCAGAACUAAACCAUAAACAAAGACCUCUCUUGAACUCUGGACAUUCCAAAACACGCCAUCCCGUGUGUCUGCGCGUCUUUCUGCCGCUGGCGUCAGAUUGGAGGAAACAGUGAGCCGACACUUCUGGACCUGAGACUUUAAACUUUAAACAUGAAGGUGCUCGCGCUCCUUACGUGCGUGUGGGUUGCUGUGAGUUUGACCCACGGCGCGCCCCCGACUUGCUACUCGCGCGCGCUCGGCCUGGGCAAAGAGACCAUGGUUCUACUGGACCGGAUCCACCGCUUUCCCCGCACGAAGCCGUGCGCACAAGUCCUCCCCACCAUCUUCAUUGACGUGCACAACGCGUGCAUCACCACCAAACUGCGAGACUUCCUGUAUGUGCUGCUGAACCACCCUGACCCUGAGUGCAGACAGCGCCCUCGUCUUGUCCUCCUCAAGCGCAAAGUCCAGAAUCUGUACACCAUCAUCACCCGCCUCUGCUACAGGGACCUGGUGUUUUUCACCGACGACUGUGAAGGAAUCGACACCGGACACAGCAAACCGUACAUCCGAGAAGAUACACUCCAACUUCUGCAAGAGGACUAGACCGGGACUAGACCGGGACUAGACCGGGACUAGAAGAGAACUAGAAGAGCUGACAGCGGUGUACCUAAUAAAGUGGCCUCUUGUAUUUCUCGUUGUCUGGACCUUUCAGACUCUGGGCUACAUUCCACAACCCUGUGACAUGAGAUGGCCGGGGCGACAUACAUUCACAGGAAAUGAGCUUCAUCUGAUAAAAAGCCUCGAAUAAUAAAGAGCUGUUCCUGUCUGCUCCUGCCUGCUCCUGUCUGCCUCUUGCCUAUUUUAUAUUUUUAUUGAAGUACAAUUACUCAUACUUUUUUUUUUCAUACUUGAGUAAUAUAUUGUACAGUGUAACAAUACUCAUACUCGAGUAAAAGUCGUUGUUCCUCUUCUCACUGUGAGUAAGUCUAAAGUGUGCUUUAUGUCGACAAUAUGAAAUGAUUUGGCUCAUUUUUGUGUCUCUGAAAAUAACACAUUUUGUGACUUAUUUCAUGUUUUGUCCUUCACAUUACGUUUAAAUUUUAAAUAUUAUUUUAAAUGAACUCUUAUAACCUGAC